CGUGACUCACUCAUCCCAUAUCCUCCUCAUAGAAAUGCCCAGCACGACACUGGAGUUCGAUGCCAUUCUAUUCGACAUGGACGGUACGCUGGUCGACUCGACCGCCGGUGUUGUCGGUGCAUGGGAGGUGUUCAAGGAGACGUAUCCCCAGAUUGACGUGACGCAGGUCCUGAGCUCAUCUCAUGGCAUCCGCACUGUUGAGAACCUCCGCAGGUUCUGCGGCGUGGAAGACCCGGAAGAGCAGGAGAGAGAAGCGAAGCGUUUCGAGCAAGCGAUCGUAGAGAACUCCACGAAGAAUGGUCGACGAGGCAUUGUCGCUCUGCCAGGUGUCCGAGAGAUUAUUGAUGAGCUUGAGGUGGCACCGAAGAGCCCGCACAUUCGCUGGGCAGUGUGCACGUCGGCGACGCGCUCGUACGCGACGGCAGCGCUGAAGAAAGCGGGAAUACCGCUGCCGGACGCAUUUGUGGUGUCAGAAGACGUCCAGAAGGGGAAGCCCGAGCCCGACCCGUACCUCCUCGGCGCAAAGUUGUGUGGCGUCGAUCCUAGACGUUGUCUCGUGGUCGAGGACGCCCCGGCAGGCGUGCGAAGUGGACGAGCGGCAGGGUGCAGGACACUCGGCUUGCUCACGUCACAUACUCGCGAACAGGUCGAGGCGGCCAAACCCGACUUUCUGGUGAAGGAUCUGUCCAGUGUCACUAUGAAGAACACUGAGAAAGGAGUAGAGGUCACCGUUGACAUGGAUUGACCGUGACGAUAAUAGUCCACCUAGGACGGAU